AAUUAGUUUAACCUUGUACAUUUCCUUAAUAAAUGGGUUAUGCCUGGUUGCGUAUUUUUUGUUUUGGGGUUCUAAAUUCUAGACUUGAGUACCUGAAGCCAAAUAAAUUCCAGCAAAGACAAUGGCCACCCAAUCUGUUUAUCACUUUACUGUAAAGGAUGCAGUGGGAAAUGAUGUAGAUCUUAGUAUCUACAAAGGAAAAGUGCUACUUAUCGUGAAUGUUGCUUCCAAGUGUGGGAUGACUAACUCAAACUACACGGAACUCAACCAAUUAUAUGAGAAGUACAAAGAUCAAGGCCUGGAAAUAUUGGCAUUUCCUUGCAACCAAUUCGGUGAGGAAGAACCAGGGACCAACGAUCAGAUCUUAGACUUUGUUUGUACUCGUUUCAAGUCAGACUUUCCUAUCUUUAACAAGAUUGAAGUGAAUGGCGAAAAUGCAUCUCCGCUUUAUAAAUUCUUGAAAUCAGGCAAUUGGGGAAUAUUUAGGGAUGAUAUUCAGUGGAAUUUUGCUAAGUUCCUGGUUGAUAACAACGGGCAGGUUGUUGAUCGCUAUUAUCCUACCACAUCUCCUCUGACUAUUGAGAGGGAUAUGAAAAGGCUUCUUGGAAUCGUAUAGUUGCCAGGGGUUGAGCCUUCAACGAUGUCGAUCGAUUUUUCACUUGUUAAUAAUGCGGGCUUGGUUUUAAUUUAGAAAUUUGUCUCUUUAUUUCGUUUAGUUAUCUGAGGGAGAAACAUUACAUAAGAAGGUCUGUUAUCAUGUAGAUGAUCGCCGAUGAAAUAUUGUGCAACAGAAAUUGUGUAUUCUGUAAGAGAAGUUUUAAACUGAUUUAUAAUUUAUCAGCUUUUGCA